ACAACCGACUGUUGCCCGCAAUUAUAUUUCAUGUGGUUUGUUUCGAUUAAAAUUAAUUUAUGAUUAAAAAUACAUAGACGCUCUUAAGCGAUGAAAGAACGGUUGAUGAAUCAUGACGAUAUAAAUCUAUAUAAAUCCUUUAUUAAAAUAAGGAAAUUUCACUGAUGUAACGAAUAUUAAGAUGACCUUUAAUAAUCAACUCUUAGGUGUCUCUUAUUAAUAAUUCAUUUAUCAGAAAGAAAAUGUCAUUACUUGGAAAUACCAUCAACUUAUUUGCGUAUAUAAUUUCUGAAAAAAAAAAAAAAAAAAAAAAGAAAAAAAACCAAGAAUCUCGAGAUAUUUAAUAAAAUCCUUCCUCUUAAUUAGAAUAGAGGAAAAAGAGUUACAGAAAUAACACGUUUUCUUCAAAAUCGACGAUUAAGGAAGUAAGGGAAGUUGAAAUAUUGGUAUGGUGUUUUUAUGGGCAAUCAGAAAAAGAAUUUCGCAAUUGAUUUAUUCGUUAAGAAAAUCGACACUCUUACGUAGAACGUUAUUCCACGCGAUGGUACACGUUCAUCGACCACCGACCACGCGUGCAACCUCCCUGCCAUGUAUAAAUACUCCUCUGCUAGCAGGCGAAUCUCAGUCAGUCAAGAAUGCGUCCAACGACGUUUUCUUCGGGAUAAGAACAUUUUCUUUCAUUUAAGUUCCCGUUGUUUCUAUCAAUAUUGGAUGAGUUUUGUCACUGAAUGUUCUCCCGCAUGGACGAAAAUUUUUAUCGCCGUUUUAAUAAGUACCAGGAUAGUGAGAGAACGAUUGAAUAAUAGCCAGUGGGUGAUUACGAAGAUAUAUUGGAUAGUAACUGACAAGAAGAGACAUUAAGAAGAAAAAAAAAAUGUUAAUACGACCGAUUAAAUACGACUCUUGCCUUAGGCUAUUCAUCUUGAUCACACCGAUAUUGAAUAAUAUGAUUCAAUCGAUGGCGAUUAAUAAUAAAAAUCAUUAUCAUCGUACACCUAAGAGAUUGAAUUUUUCUCGUUCGUUAGAACCAUCGGAAAAUUUUCUUUGCGGAGAACCACAAUCCCGCUCUUAUAAUUUAAGAGAUCUUAUGCGGACUGUUCAUACAAAUUUCGAGAUCGUCAAUUUUCCACUUUACAUUGUUUCGAAGCGGUGCGAUGUACAUUCCGGAUGUUGCAAGAGUUUCAAUAUGAGCUGUACACCGGUCCAAUCGGCGAUCUAUCAUGACGAAAUGGAGAUCGAGAUUGAGAGUCUCCAAACGAAUGGUACCAGGAAACAAUGGAUACAAAUUGAACAGCACGGUGAAUGUAUCUGCGCGAUUACCAGCCCUGAUCAACGGAAUUAUUCAACACCGAACAUCAAGAUGUUAUGAUCGAUAAAUGUCGUUAGGUCGUUGCGAAUAAAAAGAAAGAUAAGAAAACAACAAAAAGAAUGAAAAAAUAUCGACAAUGUAAGUAAGCGGAUCUUGGGGAUAAUAUUGCUUACAGCAUACAUUUAUGAGAGCAAUAUAAGGAACGUAUUUCUCAUUGAUGUUUCUUAUCGAUCUUUUUUUUUAUAUAUAUUGAUUGUUUUAUCACUUAAAACAUUCCAAGAGUAAAUCAAUACCGUUUGAAAUGUUCGAAGAUGUUUGAUGCGAACGUUAACAGCGCGAUGCACAAAGAUUGGCUCGUAGCCCAGUAUCGUCUAUAUAGCGGUGUCUCUUUCUGGAACCAAAAUGCCAAUGAAUCGGCACCUGCUCUUCGAAUUGCUUUUGCCAAAAUCAAAAUCUUCUUAAGAAAACGAAAAAACAAAGAAGAUUUAAUUUAUAUAUAAU